AUCCACAUGUGUUGGGCCUUUUCACAACCAAUUUUGGCCAGGAUUGUAGUUAAUCUGCUUGGACUGCACUCUUCUAACAUAAGUCAGCCAUGACCAACUGCUUUGUUUUGUUUUUUGUAUUUAUUCCAUAUUUUCUGCUUUUACUAAACUGAUUUGUUAAUUUGUUUUGUUUAUUUGUUAAUUAGUUUGUUUGUUUGUUUUUCACAUAUUCACUACUUUUAUUAGAAUGAUACAACAAAAGAAGACAACGUGUAAGCAAUGUCAUGGAUACAGGAUGAAGUAGAAAUAGCAACGAUCAAAACUUUAUUCCCGCAUUUGUCUAUCGGAGAAAUAGUAAAACUUUUCUCGUCAUUCCCGAACAACCAAGAAAGAUUAUCGUUAAUAACAAACUAUUUACUCGAUUGCCAAGGUAACACUGGCACUAAUGCAACUACUCAAGGCGAUGAGAUUAAUUCACUGUCUGCAAUUUUUAACACCUUAACUACAUCAAGCACAGCAACAGCAGGUUCAAGUGUACACAACACCGGUUUUGGUGGAAAUGCUGCUUGUGCACCUAACACCAUAGAAAGACUUCAUGACAAUACUACCAAUUUUAAAACCAACGUUACUACUGAUAGAGCGACAGUACCAUGUGUUUCUUUGGGCAAAAACAUCGCAACGAACAGCAAAGGAGAUGAUGUUUGUGUUGACAAUUCAAACUUUGCUACACAAAUUCUCAAUGGUCAGAAUAGCCAACGUCAAUCACCAUUAACACAUUGCCCUGAUUCUGGUAAAGGAAGGUCUUAUUAUGGCUUGGAAUGUUCUGAGUCUGGUGAAGGAAGGUCUCGUUAUGGCUUGGAGUGUUCUGCUGUACUGCAAGAUGAUUUGUGUGUCAUCACAGGUCAGGAAAGAGCUUUUGCAAGUCCACAAAGGUCUGCUAACAAGCAGUACCCUUUAUACAGCUCAAACAUAACUUUAACAGAUAUGUGUGUUGAUGAUUAUGAUUUCAAAUGGUACUGGAAAGAGUUAAGUGAUGACACCGUGACACGUUUUGAGAAAUGGUUGGAAGAAGAGUUGGAGCAGAUAUAUCGACUUCAUAAUGACAAUUUAAAGCCGGUAAAAAUGAUGUUACGUGGAGACAGGAUUGAUAGCUUUCAAGUCAACUUUUCAACGAUGAGGCUGUUGGGUAAGAAAACACAAUGGCAUUUAAAACGAGUGAAAGUGAAUAAACAAAAAAAGAACCCAACAGAAGAGAAAGAAAAUUUCGAUACUCCCUAUGCAUCGACGUGGGUAGAACAAUGUGAAGACAGAGAACUGCUCACCGUUCCUUUUGGCGGUCAAGAAUGGCUUGAAGUGUGUCUGCUGUUUAAUGGAACAUUAGACAACAUGAAAAACGCCAUCACAGUGACGAAAAUAGAACGUGUGCAAAACAAAUGGCUGUGGAGAAAGUAUUGUUUGCAGAAGAAACUCAUGAUUGAGAAAAAUGGCAAGAAUAAUGUAAAUGAGAAACUACUGUUCCAUGGCACCAGAAAAAACAAACCUGUAUUAAUAUGGAAAGGCGAAAACAGUUUUGAUCUGCGACAUUGUCAUGUUGGGAAUUGGGGUAAAGGGGCAUAUUUUGCAGAGAAAGCUGCGUAUUCGAUCAAUUACGCUUAUGAGAGUGGCAGUGGUGAAGAUCAAAUAUUUAUGGCAAACGUGUUGACGGGAUUCAACAUUCAGAUGAAAGGAGAUAAGUCUUUGCAACUCCCGCCUGUCAAAGAAACCGAUUCAAAUGGUAUUAUAGUGAGAUAUGAUUCAGUGUCUGGUUUGAGUUGGGGUUAUAAAAUCUAUGUAUUGUAUCAACUGGACGUAGCGUAUCCAUCUUAUCUAAUCACUUAUAAAAAAAAUUGAUGCACACAGUUCACAAUUCAUACGCUCACCCUUGGAAUCUAUGUAUUUCAAUUUUUUUUAUUAUUUUAUAAUAACAUUGAUUUUUUGUUUUUUUAAAACUCUAGAGUUUAUUUUUUUUCUAUAGCUAGUACAUUAUUUUACUUUCUACUACAAACAUCACAUUUAUUUUCAAGUUUUUUUUUUACAUUUGCCCUAUGUAACACACAGGAUUUACUUGUUAUAAUUUAUGAGUCACUGCUUUUUUAACCUGCAGUGAACUCGGAAUAAAGCUGUGUACUGCUAAACAGAGAGAAUACAAGUAUACUAAUACACUUGGCUGAGUGACUAUGGCUGUCUAUGGCAAAAAAUCACUGGUAACUUAUGCCUCGUGCAUUGUAUCCCAAAUCAUGGUGCGAUGCUAAGAUUUGCUUUAUAAUGAAUAAUCACAAAGCGGAAGUUCCUUUCAUUAAUUAUUUUAAAGAUGUAUGGAGUUUGUUAUGUUUAAAAUAGUAGCCUUUUACUGAGCGAUGUUAUUUUCUAUAUGUAAAACUCAAAGCAGUACCUUAAAUAUUUGCAUAUAGGAUGUCACUGUAAUCAUUCCAUUGUACUAGUUAAAUCUGUAAAGUAACAAAGUAUUUUAACAAAAACUACGCAUUUUUUCAAUUGACAUGUACAAAAUCUAAAUUUAAAAAAAUUACAAGCAAUAUAAUUAUUAAAAGAUUAACUGCGUGUUAAAAUUAGAAGUUAUUUAUAAUAUGUUCAGGUGACAAACAGAGAAUAGAAGAAACCAGUGGUAAAAUAAGAGAAUUUUUUUUUUUUUUUACAUUUCACCACUUUCAAUUUUUUCUCUCAUUUUUUUAUUUUUUAUUAUUUUAGUGUACUCCCCAGAAACGUGGUUUUCUUACAAUUUGUGUCAAGUUUGUGAAAAUGACCACCAAAUGCAUUAAUUUAAAAGUACCUCUUGCAAACUGCUAUUUUUAACCUUUUCCGAUUUAAAUUAAAAUAAGUUUAGCAAAUAUUUAUUUUGUUUUAAUAAACAUAUUUUUUUUGCUAUUUGUGUAACUUCUUGUGAGAGAGAACAGUACACAGUAGGCCCAAAUAAAUGAAUUUUAAUUUCAGGUUGUAAUCUAUCUAUAUUUUAAUACCAAUAAAUGUCAGUAUGUCACGCAAAAGGGUACGGCUAGUAGCAAGUGCAAUUAAAAAAAAUCAACUAAUUUAUAGGUUAAUUUAAAGGAACUGAUUUUUAAUUUGGAUUUAUAAAUUUUCCUUUAGUUUUUAGAAUUUACUCUUCACAAACCACCCCGCUUGACUUUUUGGGUUAAAACUUUUCGGAAUAGGGCAGUGUGCAUUUUACCGAAAUAAUUGAAUAUUGUAAUUUUUUAUGAUGGACUAGUCGAUAAGGCCCGUGGAAAAAUCCACUUAGGCAGAAGGACAAUGGAAAAACAGGUUGUUUUAGUUUUUUUGCUGACGUCAGCAGUGCAAAUACAAAAUAAAUAUAAUUUUUUAGAAAUUUGUAUACCUGUUGCCUUCAUCGUAUAGAUCUUGAAAUGCUGAUCAAGAAAAUGUAUAUGAUCAUGUAUCUUUGACAAACGGUUGCAGAGAUAUCAAGGUUUAAAGGUUUUUGAUGACGUCAUCAAACCGUCCAUUCCGAAACGGAUUCGGGGACCCAGGUUUGAAAAACUUACCCAAAUUGGUCCCAGGUUGUCCCUAGUUACCCACGCGGUGAAAAAACAUUGACGUCACCACUUCGUUUCCAAGUUAUUUGGCCUCAAAAUUUUAAGUGCAAUGUAAUGGCUUCACUAAUCUUAAUUAACUUUCCUUUGACGUCAAUACCAUUUUAUCGGUAAAGUUUGGUAAAUUACAAAACAAUUUUAUAGGCGAUGUUUUAUAGAAUUUGUUAAAGAAAAUUUUGAAGAAUGUAAUCCACUUUGCAAAAGUGACAGACAGACACACGGAACUGGCGUAUUAUUAUAUAGAUAGUUAAGUGUCCUUUAUUUUUACAUCUUGUGUAAACUGUUGUGAGUGAAGGAUGGUAAUCAGAACUAAGGGGUUUCUGCUGAAAUUAAAAACUUUUCCAAUGUAAGCAGACGCCCAAUACAUUGCAAUUAUUUUUAUUUGAAAUUGUUUGUAUUUUGUGUUAUCUUGACAUAUUUGUAUAUAUUGCUAUGUAUUUUGUAUAGAUUUUUAUUUAAUAUGUUGCUGUAACCUUUUGGAAUUUAGUGAUAAACUCACCCUAUUUAAUUAUCUGGAGAGUUCUCUAUACUACAAUACUGAGAGCUAAAAUACUAGUUUCCUCAAAAAAAGAUUUAAAUAUAUCUUGAGGUCUCUACUACAAUACUGAGAGCUAAAAAAUGAUUUAAAUAUAUCUUGAGGUCUCUACUAAAAUACAAAACCUGGCUAGCUACAAGAAAAUAAAGGCAAACCUGCUUUAUGGUUAUCUUUUCCUAUUUACAAGUUUCACAUCAUUGAUCCUCUGGCAUUUCACUAGCGCUCCAAAAGGUUAAUGUGCCUUGGCAGAAUGCAGUUCCAUCUCAUAUGCCGUUCUCAUCAACUUCAUGCAUGCGUCUUCUGCUGAAUCCUUUAAACUCUGCUGUAUAUUGAUCUGUCCCCUUCUCUUUUUUGCACCACUAGGGCCAACAUUCUUCCCACCUGCUACUUACAUAUUUGUUGCCAUGUUUUCAUAUGAAAGGGCAAUUAUGUGCGUUUCACCAAGAAGAUGGCGAUCCACCUUGAAAAGAAAUCGCUAAACAUUUGUUAAUUAUAAAUCACGAACACGUGUUUUGAGGAGAUAUAAAUCUCUUAUAAUAAUACGCUAAGUGUGUCUGUCUGUCACUUUUGCAAAGUGGAUUACAUUCUUCAAAAUUUUCUUUAACAAAUUCUAUAAAACAUCGCCUAUAAAAUUGUUCUGUAAUUUACCAAACUUUACCGAUAAAAUAGUAUUGACGUCAAAGGAAAGUUAAUUAAGAUUAGUGAAGCCAUUACAAUGCACUUAAAACUUUGAGGCCAAAUAACUUGGUAUAACUCAGUAUUUUUAUUUCCGUCACUGCAAUUUUCAAAAAGCAAAUCUUUCUUUAAAAAAGACAUGCUCCUCGCAUUUGUCGAGAAAAAGGAAUUAGAGUUUCAAAAAUUUUCCAAAUUUUAUGAUUUUUUGACUCCAAUAAAUGCCUAAUAUGUCUUUUUACAGGAUUCAACAUUCAGAUGAAAGGAGAUAAGUCUUUGCAACUCCCGCCUGUCAAAGAAACCGAUUCAAAUGGUAUUAUAGUGAGAUAUGAUUCAGUGUCUGGUUUGAGUUGGGGUUAUAAAAUCUAUGUAUUGUAUCAACUGGACGUAGCGUAUCCAUCUUAUCUAAUCACUUAUAAAAAAAAUUGAUGCACACAGUUCACAAUUCAUACGCUCACCCUUGGAAUCUAUGUAUUUCAAUUUUUUUUAUUAUUUUAUAAUAACAUUGAUUUUUUGUUUUUUUAAAACUCUAGAGUUUAUUUUUUUUCUAUAGCUAGUACAUUAUUUUACUUUCUACUACAAACAUCACAUUUAUUUUCAAGUUUUUUUUUUACAUUUGCCCUAUGUAACACACAGGAUUUACUUGUUAUAAUUUAUGAGUCACUGCUUUUUUAACCUGCAGUGAACUCGGAAUAAAGCUGUGUACUGCUAAACAGAGAGAAUACAAGUAUACUAAUACACUUGGCUGAGUGACUAUGGCUGUCUAUGGCAAAAAAUCACUGGUAACUUAUGCCUCGUGCAUUGUAUCCCAAAUCAUGGUGCGAUGCUAAGAUUUGCUUUAUAAUGAAUAAUCACAAAGCGGAAGUUCCUUUCAUUAAUUAUUUUAAAGAUGUAUGGAGUUUGUUAUGUUUAAAAUAGUAGCCUUUUACUGAGCGAUGUUAUUUUCUAUAUGUAAAACUCAAAGCAGUACCUUAAAUAUUUGCAUAUAGGAUGUCACUGUAAUCAUUCCAUUGUACUAGUUAAAUCUGUAAAGUAACAAAGUAUUUUAACAAAAACUACGCAUUUUUUCAAUUGACAUGUACAAAAUCUAAAUUUAAAAAAAUUACAAGCAAUAUAAUUAUUAAAAGAUUAACUGCGUGUUAAAAUUAGAAGUUAUUUAUAAUAUGUUCAGGUGACAAACAGAGAAUAGAAGAAACCAGUGGUAAAAUAAGAGAAAUUUUUUUUUUUUUUACAUUUCACCACUUUCAAUUUUUUCUCUCAUUUUUUUAUUUUUUAUUAUUUUAGUGUACUCCCCAGAAACGUGGUUUUCUUACAAUUUGUGUCAAGUUUGUGAAAAUGACCACCAAAUGCAUUAAUUUAAAAGUACCUCUUGCAAACUGCUAUUUUUAACCUUUUCCGAUUUAAAUUAAAAUAAGUUUAGCAAAUAUUUAUUUUGUUUUAAUAAACAUAUUUUUUUUGCUAUUUGUGUAACUUCUUGUGAGAGAGAACAGUACACAGUAGGCCCAAAUAAAUGAAUUUUAAUUUCAGGUUGUAAUCUAUCUAUAUUUUAAUACCAAUAAAUGUCAGUAUGUCACGCAAAAGGGUACGGCUAGUAGCAAGUGCAAUUAAAAAAAAUCAACUAAUUUAUAGGUUAAUUUAAAGGAACUGAUUUUUAAUUUGGAUUUAUAAAUUUUCCUUUAGUUUUUAGAAUUUACUCUUCACAAACCACCCCGCUUGACUUUUUGGGUUAAAACUUUUCGGAAUAGGGCAGUGUGCAUUUUACCGAAAUAAUUGAAUAUUGUAAUUUUUUAUGAUGGACUAGUCGAUAAGGCCCGUGGAAAAAUCCACUUAGGCAGAAGGACAAUGGAAAAACAGGUUGUUUUAGUUUUUUUGCUGACGUCAGCAGUGCAAAUACAAAAUAAAUAUAAUUUUUUAGAAAUUUGUAUACCUGUUGCCUUCAUCGUAUAGAUCUUGAAAUGCUGAUCAAGAAAAUGUAUAUGAUCAUGUAUCUUUGACAAACGGUUGCAGAGAUAUCAAGGUUUAAAGGUUUUUGAUGACGUCAUCAAACCGUCCAUUCCGAAACGGAUUCGGGGACCCAGGUUUGAAAAACUUACCCAAAUUGGUCCCAGGUUGUCCCUAGUUACCCACGCGGUGAAAAAACAUUGACGUCACCACUUCGUUUCCAAGUUAUUUGGCCUCAAAAUUUUAAGUGCAAUGUAAUGGCUUCACUAAUCUUAAUUAACUUUCCUUUGACGUCAAUACCAUUUUAUCGGUAAAGUUUGGUAAAUUACAAAACAAUUUUAUAGGCGAUGUUUUAUAGAAUUUGUUAAAGAAAAUUUUGAAGAAUGUAAUCCACUUUGCAAAAGUGACAGACAGACACACGGAACUGGCGUAUUAUUAUAUAGAUAGUUAAGUGUCCUUUAUUUUUACAUCUUGUGUAAACUGUUGUGAGUGAAGGAUGGUAAUCAGAACUAAGGGGUUUCUGCUGAAAUUAAAAACUUUUCCAAUGUAAGCAGACGCCCAAUACAUUGCAAUUAUUUUUAUUUGAAAUUGUUUGUAUUUUGUGUUAUCUUGACAUAUUUGUAUAUAUUGCUAUGUAUUUUGUAUAGAUUUUUAUUUAAUAUGUUGCUGUAACCUUUUGGAAUUUAGUGAUAAACUCACCCUAUUUAAUUAUCUGGAGAGUUCUCUAUACUACAAUACUGAGAGCUAAAAUACUAGUUUCCUCAAAAAAAGAUUUAAAUAUAUCUUGAGGUCUCUACUACAAUACUGAGAGCUAAAAAAUGAUUUAAAUAUAUCUUGAGGUCUCUACUAAAAUACAAAACCUGGCUAGCUACAAGAAAAUAAAGGCAAACCUGCUUUAUGGUUAUCUUUUCCUAUUUACAAGUUUCACAUCAUUGAUCCUCUGGCAUUUCACUAGCGCUCCAAAAGGUUAAUGUGCCUUGGCAGAAUGCAGUUCCAUCUCAUAUGCCGUUCUCAUCAACUUCAUGCAUGCGUCUUCUGCUGAAUCCUUUAAACUCUGCUGUAUAUUGAUCUGUCCCCUUCUCUUUUUUGCACCACUAGGGCCAACAUUCUUCCCACCUGCUACUUACAUAUUUGUUGCCAUGUUUUCAUAUGAAAGGGCAAUUAUGUGCGUUUCACCAAGAAGAUGGCGAUCCACCUUGAAAAGAAAUCGCUAAACAUUUGUUAAUUAUAAAUCACGAACACGUGUUUUGAGGAGAUAUAAAUCUCUUAUAAUAAUACGCUAAGUGUGUCUGUCUGUCACUUUUGCAAAGUGGAUUACAUUCUUCAAAAUUUUCUUUAACAAAUUCUAUAAAACAUCGCCUAUAAAAUUGUUCUGUAAUUUACCAAACUUUACCGAUAAAAUAGUAUUGACGUCAAAGGAAAGUUAAUUAAGAUUAGUGAAGCCAUUACAAUGCACUUAAAACUUUGAGGCCAAAUAACUUGGAAACGAGGUGGUGACGUCAAUGUUUUUUCACCGCGUGGGUAACUAGGGACAACCUGGGACCAAUUUGGGUAAGUUUUUUAAACCUGGGUUCCCGAAUCCGUUUCGGAAUGGACGGUUUGAUGACGUCAUCAAAAAACCUUUAAACCUUGAUAUCUCUGCAACCGUUUGUCAAAGAUACAUGAUCAUAUACAUUUUCUUGAUCAGCAUUUCAAGAUCUAUACGAUGAAGGCAACAGGUAUACAUAUUUCUGAAAAUUUUUUUUUGGGUUUUCACAGGUCUCUGCUGAUGUCUGCAAAAUUUAAAUGAUGGUUGUUUUUCUCUGUUAUCCUGCCUAAGUGGAUUUUUCCACGGGCCUUAUCGACUAGUCUAUAUAAUAAUACGCCAGUUCCGUGUGUCUGUAACAGGCAAAGUAGAUAUGUUCAUUUUCCUUUGAUCUUACCGAAAAAUGCAUGUCUAAUAUGUUGAAUUUUCUGACGUUACUGCGCGACGUCAAUAACACUACCUUAACGUCAAUAUCCUAUAUUAAAUUGAUGAAGCCAUUCCAGUGCAUUUAAAAAUUUUGAGGCCAAAUAACUUGGAAACGAGUUGGUGACGUCAAUGUUUUUUAACCGCGUCAGUAACUAGGGACCACCUGGGACCAAUUUGGGUAAUUUUCCAAACCUGGGUCCCCAAAUCCGUUUCGGAAUGUACGGGUUUAUGACGUCAUCAAAAAACCUUUAAAUCUCAAUAUUUCCGUAACCGUUGGUCAAAAGUAAAUGAUCCUAUACAUUUUCUUGAUCAGCGUUUCAAGAUCUAUACGAGGGAGGCAACAGGUACAUGAAUUUCUAAAAAAAAAAUUUUUUGUGUUUUUACGGGCCUUUGCUGACGUCAGCACAAUUUUUAAACACUUAUAUCUCUUUUUGCGUUCCUCGAAAACAUAUUAUCCUACACAUUAUUUUGAUCAGCGUGAUUCAACCUCUACAUAUUACAAUAAAAUAAUAAAAUAAAUUUCUCUAACUUUUUUGGGAUCUUCACUGCUGACGUCAGCAAAACAUCUAAAACAACCUAUUUUUCUAUUGCCCAUCUGCCUAAGUGGAUUUCUCCACGGGCCUUAUCGACUAGUCUAUAUAAUAAUACGCUAAUUCCGUGUGUCUGUCUGUCACUUUUGCAAAGUGGAUUACAUUCUUCAAAAUUUUCUUUAACAAAUUCUAUAAAACAUCGCCUAUAAAAUUGUUCUGUAAUUUACCAAACUUUACCGAUAAAAUAGUAUUGACGUCAAAGGAAAGUUAAUUAAGAUUAGUGAAGCCAUUACAAUGCACUUAAAACUUUGAGGCCAAAUAACUUGGAAACGAGGUGGUGACGUCAAUGUUUUUUUACCGCGGGGGUAACUAGGGACAACCUGGGACCAAUUUGGGUAAGUUUUUCAAACCUGGGUCCCCGAAUCCGUUUCGGAAUGGACGGUUUGAUGACGUCAUCAAAAAACCUUUAAACCUUGAUAUCUCUGCAACCGUUUGUCAAAGAUACAUGAUCA